AUGUUUUACAGUUCUCAGUACGAUCAUCAAAUUUCCAAUGAGAAUGAAUUUGCUUCAGUCAAUCAAGAAAAUGAUCAUACCAACCGAAUAAAUCGCUUAACAACAUUAAAACCAAAUAAACAGUUACCAGAAAAAGCGAUUCGUUUAAUGAAUGCUUGGUAUUUAUCACACGAAGAUAAUCCAUAUCCGAAUCGCAACGAUUUAGAUUAUCUAGCCACCACUGGUGGUAUUAAAGAAUCUCAAGUAAAAGCUUGGUUUUCUAAUAAACGUAACCGAACACAAAACACACAUCCGAAACGUGCUAAACGAUAUCUCAUACGAAAUCAAACACAACAAAAUUCAGCUUUAUCUAUUGAACCCGAAAAAAUUCAUAUAGCCGAUGAACUUGAACAACGUGCACAAUUACCACAACAACCCAACGCUCAAUCAUUACCAUCGUAUUCUACUAGUUGGUCUUGGCUGCCAUCACAUUCAUAUGAUUAUUAUCAUCAGAAUUAUUAUUAUAAUCAAUAG